AUGGUGUGCCGCCGUUCUGAACGCCUCAACGUCCGUUCCCCUUCACCCGAGGUGGAGUACCACGGUCGUGGACGUGGGCGUGGUCGAGGAGCUGGCUCUCCCGCCCCCAGACUCGAACGGGAGGUGGAGGAGCAGCCCGCCCCAGGAGAGCCUGCCCUAGAGGAACUCCACAGGAGAGCUAGGUCCCCUCAGCUCGGGGACAAUAAUGCACCACCACCGCCGCCGCCGUCUCUGUCUGAGGUGAUGGAUCGCCAGACCCGCCUUCUGGAGGCACUGGCGGAUGGCAUACUGCGUCGUCCUGGAGGAGGUCCGCCCAAUGAUUUCCAAAGGAAGCUAGAAGGCUUCCUCAAGCUGAGGCCUCCUACGUUUGACUGUGCUGAUGAUGAUCCCAUUGCCGCCGAGGACUGGCUGCGUGAGAUCGAGAAGAAGCUGGACCUCACCACUUGCACUGAUGAGGAGUGUGUGGGAGUUGCCGCUCACCAGCUCACUGGCGCUGCACGCGCAUGGUGGGACAGCUACAGUGACACCCACGAGAACCCCGGGGGCAUAACCUGGGCUGAGUUCACUGAGGCGUUCCGUGAGCAGCAUGUACCUGAGGGUGUCAUGGACGCCAAGGUGGAGGAGUUCCGCAACAUCUCCCAGGGCACUCAGAAGGUACAGGAGUAUGCCACUCGUUUCACCCGCACCAUGAGGUAUGCUCCAGAUGAGUCCAACACUGAGAAGAAGAAGAUGUACUUCUUCAAGAAGGGUCUGAGUACGCGCCUCAAGGUGGCCCUCUCGGGUCACACCUGCUACACCCUCCGGGAGAUGAUCAACAAGGCCCUGGAGAUGGAAAGGGAUCGCCUGGAGGCCGAUGCUCAGUACAAGGAGAAGAAGCGCCGGUCCGAGAGUUCUUCUCGUGGCCCGGCACCCCAGAGGCCACGUGCUCACGUGCCCCCUCCGUCGCGCCCCCGCUCUGCCCAGGGCGCUGCACCGGCUCCGAGUCGAGGAGGUGGUACCCACACCGCCAACUACCACCGCCCCACUCAGAGCCGCCCCGUGCAGAGUACCAGCACGUGGAAGGCCACUGCACCCACCUCCACUGGCAGUGUGCCUUUCGCUUGCUUCAACUGUGGUCAGCCAGGCCACAAGGCGGCCUACUGCCCUGCGAAGGCUGCUCCACCACCUGCCCCGGCUGCGACCAGGCAGGCACCUGCUCAGGGUACACCCCGCAAGCCAGCUGUGGGAGCCACCCGCGGCCGUCUCACCCACCUGACUGCACAGGACGCUCAGGACGCCCCCGACGCGGUGUACGGUAUGUUUUUGGUACAGGGAGUUAUGGCAUCAGUUCUAUUUGACUCUGGUGCAACUUGCUCAUAUGUAUCCUCUAGUUUUGCACGAGAGCACAACCUACCCGUGACACCACGGAAGGUACCUAUAGACACCAUAUCUCCUUUAGGCAACCUCAGAUGCACCCAGAAAUGUCAGGGAGUGAACAUCACCAUCGAGGGUUACCCUUUUCUAGCCGAUCUCACCUUACUUCCGUCAGAUGGACUGGAUGUCAUCUUGGGAAUGGAUUGGCUGACCCGACACAAGGGAGUGAUAUCUUGUUCACCGAGGUAUGUGGAGAUAACGCACCCGAGUGGUCGCGUGCUCCGAUGUGAGCCUAACCAUGAGAAGAAGGCGCCCAUGAUAUGCGCCUUAGAAUCCAAGUCAGUUGAGGUAGUGCCUAUAGUGAGUGAGUACCCUGACGUGUUUCCAGAGGAGUUGCCGGGUAUGCCGCCUGACAGAGAUGUGGAGUUCGUGAUCGACCUUCUGCCGGGUACGGGUCCCAUUGCUAAGAGGCCCUACCGCAUGUCAGUCGAUGAGCUGGAAGAGCUCAAGAAGCAACUCAAGGAAUUGAUCAGACCGGAGGAUAUACCCAAGACAGCCUUUGUCACAAGGUAUGGGCAAUAUGAGUUCACUGUUGUGUCCUUCGGACUCACGAAUGCCCCGGCUUACUUCAUGAAUAUGAUGAACAAGGUGUUCAUGGAAGAGCUAGACAGGUUCGUUGUGGUGUUCAUUGAUGAUAUUCUUGUCUAUUCAGCCUCUGCCGAAGAACAUGAGCAACACUUGAGAGUAGUUCUAGAGAAGUUGAGGCAGAACCAACUCUAUGCCAAGUUCAGUAAGUGCGAGUUCUGGCUUGAAGAAGUCACCUUCCUUGGGCAUGUUCUCACAGCUGAGGGAGUUGCAGUUGACCCAGCCAAAAUAGAAGCCGUGAAGGAAUGGGAGCAACCCCGUAAUGCGACGGAUAUCCGCAGUUUUCUGGGUUUGGCCGGGUACUAUCGUCGAUUCAUUGAGAAUUUCUCUAAGAUCGCCAAGCCAAUGACUAACCUUCUCAAGAAGACCAACGAGUUUGAGUGGACACCUGAGUGUGAACAGAGCUUCCAGACCUUGAAACAGAAGCUUACCACCACUCCAGUGCUAGCCUUGCCCGACAUUCAGAAAGAUUUCGUAGUCUACUGUGAUGCUUCGAGACAGGGACUCGGAUGUGUUCUGAUGCAAAGUGGGAAAGUCAUAGCAUAUGCGUCGCGACAGUUGAAAGACCAUGAGCAACGCUACCCCACGCAUGACCUUGAGCUGGCAGCUGUUGUGCAUGCCUUAAAGAUCUGGAGGCACUACCUGAUCGGCAACAAGUGUGACAUUUACACUGAUCAUAAGAGCUUGAAGUACUUUUUCACUCAAGAAGAUCUGAACAUGAGACAACGUAGGUGGUUAGAACUCAUAAAGGACUACAACCUGGAGAUCCACUACCACCCGGGAAAGGCAAAUGCCAUUGGCACCCGUCUAGAUUACAGUACCGCAUAUCACCCGCAGACAGAUGGGCAGACUGAGAGAGUGAAUCAGAUCCUUGAGGACAUGCUCAGAGCUUGUGUACUGAAGUAUGGGUCAGAUUGGGAGAAGAGUUUGUCUCAUGCAGAGUUCUCCUACAACAACAGUUAUCAGGCCAGCAUCCAGAUGUCACCUUUCGAAGCCCUAUACGGAAGAAAGUGUAGAACCCCGCUGAUGUGGUCACAGGUGGGAGAGAGAGCGUUCUUUGGCCCUGAUAAAAUUAAAGAGGCCGAAGAAGGAGUCGCCCAUGUGCGGGAGAACCUGAAGAUCGCUCAGAGCCGACAGAAGAGUUACGCAGAUAACCAUCGGAGAGAUCUUGAGUUCAAUGUGGGGGAUCAUGUGUACCUCAAGGUCUCCCCGCUACGUGGGACUUUCAGAUUCCAUGUGAAAGGAAAGCUCGCACCCAGGUUUAUAGGCCCCUACCGAAUCGUUGCUAGAGUUGGCAAGUUAGCAUACAAGCUUGAGUUACCAGAAGAGCUAGACAGAGUGCAUCCAGUGUUCCACGUAUCUCAGUUGCGCAGAUGUCUGAAACUGCCAGAGACACAAGUGCCCGUUGAGUCACUAGACCUACAGGAAACACUAGAGUACCGGGAGUACCCAGUCAAGAUUCUAGACAAAGCCACCAAGGAAACUAGAAGCUCUACCAUUCCCAUGUGCAAGGUUCUGUGGAGCAACCACACAGAAAGAGAAGCCACUUGGGAGAAAGAGUCUGAGCUGCAGUUACGAUACCCCUACCUCUUCGAAAGGUACGUCACACCUUAA